AUGAAAACACCAUUUUUAAAGAUUGGAAAUAUUCAAUCAUUUUUAAAGAAUACAGAUAAAUCAACAUUAAUAUGGAUUGGAAGUAAAAUGAAAUUUAAUAGGCCAUAUAAGGUUUUUAAUAAAGUUAGUGCAUUUAAUAAAUUAUAUUUCUUAUCACCAAAAUCAUUUUUCAAUCAAAAAACAGGUGCAUUUAAAACUGGUUUAUUACCAAUAAUAACAUCACAUUUAAAAGAUUUAAAUAUUGAAUAUGAUCAUAUUGAUGAACGUGAACCAUUACCUCAACUAUAUGAAAAUUGGAAUGAUAUUCAAAUUAAUAAUAAUAAUAAUAAUAAAAAUAAAAUUAAUGAUGACAAUGACGAAGAUGAAGAAGAUGGAGAUGCAUUACAACCUAAAAUUAUUGAUAAAGAUUUCCUAUCAGAUUCUAAUGUAACAUUAUAUGACUAUCAAGUUGAUACUGUUAAUUUUGCUCUUGCAAAUCACAGAGGUAUCAUAAAAUGUGCCACUGGUGGUGGAAAAACUUUAAUUUUAGCUGCUUUCAUUAAAGCAUUAGGCCCAGAUGUUCCAAUUGUAAUAUUAGUUAGUAAAAGAUCAUUAGUUACACAAAUUUAUAAAGUUUUAAAAGAAUUAAAUAUUUGUAAUAUAGGUAGGAAUUCAAGUGAUUUUUCAGAAACUGGUAUGAUAACAAUUUCAACAGUUAGAUCAACUCAUAAAAUUCCAGAACAUGUUAAAAAUUGUAGAGUUUUAAUAGUUGAUGAAGUUCAUGAAUUCUCUGGUCCAUUUUCUGAAAAAGUAUUUCAACAAUUUGAAAAUGCAUAUUGUAGAUUAGGUUUCUCUGCAACACCAUUUAAAAAUGAAGAUCCAGUUCAUAAUCAUAUUUUAACAUCAAUUUUUGGUACUCAAUUAUGUGAUAUUACAACAAGAGAAUUAACAAAAAAUGAAAUAUUAUCUGGAGCAAUUAUACAUUUUUAUCCAAUUAAUGCACCAGUAAUUAAAUUUGAAAAAGGAACACAUUUUCAAAAGGUAGAAGAUAAAUUAAUAUCAGAAAAUGAAUUUUUAAAUCAGUCAAUUGUAAAAAUUGUUGAUAAAAUAUCAAGUGGUAGAAUUAUGAUUUUGGUUAAACGUUUAUCACAUGGUGAUGAAUUAUUUAAAUUAUUACCAGAUGCAUAUUGGAUUAAAGGUGAAGAUGAUCAAGAAACUAGAGAACAUGUUAUUAAAAAAUUAAGAAAAUCAGAUCCAAAUAAAAAAGUUAUUGCAAUUUUUUCAUCAAUUGGUAAUGUUGGUAUUGAUGUUAAAAUUCAUCAUUUAAUUAAUGCUUGUGGUGGUAAAGAUCCAAAUUCAACAAUUCAAAAAUUAGGUAGAGGUUUAAGAAGAGCUGAUGAUAAAACUCAUUUAGAUUAUCAUGAUUUUGAUUUUUCUUAUAAAGUUAAUAAAUCAUUAAAUGAUCAUUCAAAAGCUAGAAUUAAUACAUUAAAAAAUGAAGGUCAUCAAGUAAUACUUGAAGAAGAAUUAGUUGAAACAGGUAUUAAAGAAAGAAAAAAGAAAAAGAAAUUAAUUUUAGAGGAAGAAAAAAAAGAAGAGGUUGAUUAA